UUUUCUUUUUCUGCGUCAUAUCCAGUCUCCUCACACUACUAAAGGACCGCGAGAUCGAUCGAUCCCCUUCAAGACAACAUCGAGAUGAGACGCAUCUUUCGCACCUCGUUACCGAAUCUCAGUAUGGUCACCCGUACUUGUUCUCACUGUCAUCCAUCAGCAAGAGAGUUUGCGGACCGACCGGUCAUGCGAGAACUACCCUGGCCCGUGCAAGAAUGUCGGUUGAACGGGCGAAAUGUAGUAACAGGCCGCUACGGCCAUCUCAAAACCUUUUACUCCGGGCUAUCGGCCAACCCUGACGAGUUCGGGGCUCUGGUCCAGUACAUAAGCGUUCAUCACAAGGUCUACGAGAGGAAAUAUCAGGAAUACAUCAUCAUGCACGUCGUCCUUCAGGAACAUGGCUACCUCAUACAACUGGAGAGGUUUGAGCACAAUGGCGGAAUCACUAGCGAGCGAGUAUUGUGGCAACGCGCAACGCCGGCAGGGCUAAACCGGAUGAUGAUUGCUGCCACCUUCCGGAUGGAAGUUGCUUCUCGACUGGAACUUGGGAAGGCUAUCGAAAUGGCGGUGGCCGUAAGCGCGGCGUCUGAUUCCAGAAUGUGGGCUCGAGCGAUCCUCUAUCGCCAACACCUGGCCGUUCCAAGCUGCCCCGUCGAAUGGCGAGAACCCGCCUACGACAUGACUUUCCCUACGUGUAUCGCCAUAGAUGACUCGUCGCGUCUACGCGAAAUCUUGCUGAGCGCCGACUUCGGGAUGACAGUCCUGAACGAGAGAGAGAAGCAAGCUAAGGGUUAUCUGUCGGAUCUCGUCGACAAAGCGUUCAACUUUGUUCGUAAGGUCGGCCUAGCCGUCGAUGAUAACAUCGAGUGGUACUUCAUGAUUCAGGCGGAGAUGCCCACUUGCAACUCGAAAUGGUAUCGCGAGAACCAUCUCAUCCGGAUACCGAUAUAUGAGCUGGAGGCAGGAUAUCUCUCUUCAGUGCUACCGUCGUUACGACCUUAUCUCGGUGAGGAACAACACUGCGCCAGUUAG